AACUUUCUGGAACUUCCAGGGGCCGUGUCCAUGCCAGAGUUGUCAGAAAGUAAUGGAAUAAGGUGGAUGUCCUCCCUGGAAGCAACAAUUGAAGAUGCAAGCGUGAAAAAACCUACGGCAGAAAGGCUCGAGCGCUUGAGGAAGGAAAAGAUAAACCGCUUCAGGAAUCAGCAUAAGAUUAAUGUUCAAGGGACAGACCUUCCUGACCCAAUUGCCACGUUUGAGCAGCUUCAAAGGGAGUACAAAGUCCACCCUAAAAUCAUGGAGAAUAUUCAGGCGGCUGGCUUCCAGGUCCCAACACCAAUCCAGAUGCAGGCCAUCCCCGUUAUGCUCCACGGCCGUGAACUUCUUGCGUCAGCCCCCACUGGCUCUGGAAAAACACUGGCAUUUUGUAUUCCUCUCUUAACACACCUGAAACAGCCUCAGAACAAAGGCUUCAGAGCUCUCAUCAUAUCCCCUACCCGAGAACUUGCCAGCCAGACACAUCGAGAACUGGUAAAAUUGGCUGAGGGAACUGGCUUCAGAAUACAUAUGAUCCACAGAGCAGCAGAAGCAGCCAAGAAGUUUGGGCCCAAAUCAUCUAAGAAAUUUGAUGUGUUGGUUACUACUCCAAACAGACUCAUCUACCUGCUGAAGCAAGAUCCUCCAGGAAUAGACUUGUCCAGUGUUGAGUGGCUGGUGGUUGAUGAGUCAGACAAACUGUUUGAAGAUGGGAAAACAGGAUUCCGAGACCAGCUGGCCUCCAUAUUCCUGGCGUGCACAUCCCACGUGGUGAGAAGAGCCUUGUUCAGUGCAACCUUUGCACAUGAUGUGGAGGAGUGGUGUAAACUCAGCCUUGACAGUGUUGUUCUGGUGUCCAUUGGAGCAAGAAACUCUGCAGCAGAGACAGUAGAACAGGAGCUUUUGUUCGUCGGAUCUGAGACAGGAAAACUAACAGCAAUGAGAGAGCUUGUUAAAAAGGGUUUUGCUCCUCCAGUCCUUGUUUUUGUUCAGUCCAUUGAGAGGGCUAAAGAGCUUUUCCAUGAACUUAUUUAUGAAGGCAUCAAUGUCGAUGUCAUCCAUGCAGAUAAAACUCAGCAACAGAGAGAUAACGUAGUACACAGUUUCAGAGCUGGGAAGAUCUGGGUGCUCAUCUGCACAGCUUUACUAGCUCGAGGAAUUGACUUCAAAGGAGUCAAUAUGGUCAUAAAUUAUGACUUGCCGACGAGUGCGGUGGAAUACAUCCACAGGAUAGGUCGAACUGGAAGAGCAGGGCAUAGAGGAAAAGCAGUCACUUUCUUUACGGAAGAUGAUAAACCUUUAUUACGAAGCAUAGCCAGUGUUAUUCAGCGAGCCGGCUGUCCUGUGCCAGAUUACAUAAAACACUUUCCCAAACUGCAAAGCAAGCAAAAGAAGAAAUUUGUUAAGAAACCGCUGACAAGAGAAGCCAUUUGUACAACCCCUCAGUGCUUCUUAAAAAAGUCCAAAAGAAAAAAGAAAACUGCAAAAGAAAACAUAAAGGAAAAAAAGAAAGUUAAAGAAGUUAAAAGUAACAGUAAAUUACAGACUGUUUCAAAAAGCUAAAUGAUGACAAACUACUCCAGGAGUUGGGCUGACACCCGUAUUUGUACUGAAGAACAGAAGAUCAAACAUGACUGCUAAGGAGAAGAGAGAAUAUUGUUGUUCAUGGCCAAGGUUUCUUAUUCCUUCUGGGUGAGGAUGGAUGUUUACAUGCAGGAAAGUCUCUAUGUAGAAGAUUCCUGAAUGCUUCUUA